UAUGAGAGUUAUUAAAGUGUGAAAUCGAACUUCAAACAAAGUUUAAGGCAUUCAGUUGAUCUCCUUCACAUUCAAGAGACUCAUGACACAUCAAGAAUUUUACAAUUGUCUACUCAUAUUAAAAACAAUGGUAAUUUCAAUUGUAUAUCUUAUCUUUAUUCUAAUUACAAAUUUGUCACUUGAUAUGUAGAAUUUCCCGGGUUUGUACCACGUAAUAAAUCCCCCGCAAAAGUUGAAAUUUGUUAUAUAUACCCGGGUGCACCGUACACCCAACUAACCCAAGGUCUGUACGGUAUACGGUGCACCGGGUGUAUAUAACGAUAUCUCACCAAGAUUUGUUAGGACGUUAUGCGUAAGAUCAAACCUUAAAACCAAUAGAUGUGGUUAACUAAACACCUUAAAACCUUACUAUCAUCCUGCAGAGACAAAUCUACGCUUUCAAAAAUACAUGCCCUUCUCAUUACAAGUGGUCUGAUCAAUCAGAGAAACCCAGCUACCAAGCUCAUUUCAUCGUAUGCACAAAUUGGCGAUAUCAAAGUUGCACGCCAAGUGUUCGAUAAAUUGCCUCAAAGAGGCAUUGAUGCUUGGAAUGCAAUGAUUGUUGCAUAUUCAAGAAUGGGUUUUCCUAAUGAGGUUGUGGGUGUUUAUAUUGAGAUGAUUAAUGAAGGAAUAAAGCCUGAUAGUUCAUCUUUUACAAUGGCUAUUAAGGCGUGUGCGAGUUUGUGUGAUUUUGAGAUGGGAGAAGAGAUUUGGCAUCAGGCUGUUGGGUUUGGUUAUAAGGAUGAUGAUUUUGUUGGGUGUUCUGUUUUGAAUUUGUUGUCCAAGGGUGGGAGGAUGGUGGAAGCGAAAGCGGUUUUUGAAGGGAUGAAGAGGAAAGAUCUUGUUUGUUGGACGACUAUGGUGACUGGGUUUGCAAGGAUUGGACAGGGGAUGGAGGCGGUUGGAGUGUUUCGAGAGAUGCAAGAACAAGGGAUGGUAGGAGAUGGGAUUGUUAUGUUGGGAUUGAUUCAGGCUUGCACUGAUAUUGGUGAUAUGAAGAUGUGUCUUUCUGUCCAUGGGCAUUUGAUAAGAAGAAAUCUUCCAAUGGAUGUUGUUAUAUAUACUAGUCUUGUGGACAUGUACGCGAAAAAUGGUCAUUUGAGCCUAGCAUAUAGAAUAUUUUGUAACAUGCCUCAGAAGAAUGUUGUUUCUUGGAGUGCUUUGGUUUCAGGCUAUGCUCAAAAUGGUUUAGCAGGGGAAGCUCUUGAGUUGUUGAUAGAGAUGCAGAGAGUUGGAUGCAGACCAGAUUUAGCCUCUCUUGUGAGUGCUCUUUUAGCGUGUUCACAUGUUGGCUACUUGAAAAUGGGUAGAUCAAUACAUGCAUAUAUACUUCGUAGGCAAGAGUUUGAACAUGUUUCUGCCACUGCUGUGAUUGACAUGUAUUCCAAAUGUGGGGCUCUAUCAUAUGCUCGUGUACUCUUUGAUAUGAUAAGUUGUAAGGAUGUUAUCUUAUGGAAUACUAUGAUAGCGAGUUAUGGAAUUCAUGGCCAUGGAGAGGCUGCUCUUUCAGUAUUCCAUGAGAUGAUCAAGACCAACUCAAAUCCCGAUGAUGCUACAUUCGCAUCUCUUCUUUCAGCUUUAGGCCAUUCAGGUCUUGUAGAGCAAGGCCAGUACUGGUUCAAUGAAAUGAUCAAAAGAUUCAGGAUUGAACCUAGCGAGAAACAUUAUGCUUGUGUUGUUGAUCUGUUAGCUCGUGCAGGUAAAGUAGAAGAAGCUCUUGAUUUAAUAAAUUCCAUGAAAGAACCUGUUUCUGGGAUGUCCAUCUGGGCCGCUCUUUUGUCUGGCUGUCAUAACCACAGAAAGUUUUCUGUUGGGGAGUUGGCUGCAAAGAGAGUUCUUGAAUUACAGCCAGAUGAUUCUGGCAUUUAUUCUUUAGUUGCAAAUUUUUUUGCAUCAGCGAAAAAGUGGAAAGAAGUGGCUGAGGUGAGGAAAGCAAUGAGGAUGGCAGGUAUGAAGAAAGUCCCUGGUUACAGCAUGGUGGAGGUGAAAGGUCAGCUCCAUGCUUUCCUUAUGGAAGAUAAGAGCCAUUACCAAUAUGAGCACAUGGUCAUAAUAAUAGAGAAAUUGGACAGUGAGAUGAGAGCCAUGGGUUAUACGCCAAAAACCGAGUUUGUUUUCCAUGAUCUUGAGGAGGAAGUAAAGGUGAAAAUGUUAAGUUUUCAUAGUGAAAGACUGGCUAUUGCAUUUGGCCUCUUGAACACUGAACCUGGGACUAAGUUAGUUAUUACUAAAAAUCUUAGAGUUUGUGGAGAUUGCCAUGAGGCGAUCAAAUAUAUAUCAAAAAUUGUCAACAGAGAGAUUGUUGUAAGGGAUGUAAAACGAUUUCAUCAUUUCAAGCACGGUGUCUGCUCAUGCGGAGAUUAUUGGUGAAUAAUGACUUCAAGUCCUCAAGCGUGUCAGUGCUAAAGCUAGAGAAGGUUCAGUCCUUUACCAACUGAUCCUUCUUACAGCCUUGAACUUGCUGUGGAACUAAAAAGAACAGCUCCUGGCAGAAAGCAGAGGAACUAUUGUUGUCUGAAGUAGCUUUGUUUUGAAAAGCACCUCAAAGUUUUGUUUGUUAAUAAAAGGAUUCAUUUGGUAGUAGCCUUGGGAAGAUUAUAUGCUGUCCUCUGACCGAACUCCUGAAACCAAUACUAUCCGAAGGUGGCUUCUGAAAUUGUAUUAAUUGUUUGCUGAGAAAUAAGCCACAUUAUCAAGAGGUUUUAGUGUUUUACAUUGAUCGCAGAGGCAACAGAGGGUUGAUCCAUCAUUCCUUUAUAGAUCUCAUUGAUGAAAUUGCAGUGUUACAAGAAUCUGGGAUUUCCCUGAAACAAUUCAAUGCACAUUCAAAAUAGUUGACAGAAAACUUCGAGAGAUUUUGGAGCAAUUUCCAUCACUUGACACGUGGUUUCCAUUCCUGUGGUUCUGGAGACGUUGCUUAGACAUGAGUUCUGCUGUUGAAAAACCACGGAUAAUUCGAUAACAGUACAAGUGAUAAUUCCCCCAUAAAGUGAUUAGUGCUUUGUGGUUGAGAAUCGUAAUUAUUUCUUGUGAAUUUGCAUGAGUUUGAAAGUAUGUUGUAAGUAAUACCUAUAAAUUGAAAGAAGUAAAUCACUUUUACCAUAAU